AAUUUAUUUUUUUAUUUUCCUUCACUUUUUCUUUUCUUCUACUUUUCCUUUAUAUUUUCUUUACUUUGCAUUUUCCUUCAAAUUUUCUAUAACCAAACAUAACCUAAACGAACUAAAGACAAAUGUAAGAGGAAGAGAGGAGCAUUGACUUCACGGCCAAACACUAAAGCAGAGUCAGCAUCGGCUCUCAUAAAUUGAUUUCAUUUGGUGGGCUGAAUAAUAACAAUACAUGCCCAUUUUCGUCUUAUCUUCCCACUUUCUCCCUCCUCUCUCCAGCCCAUCAAUCAUGAUGAACCCGCCGGACUUCUUCUCUUCCGGCGGUGACGGCCCUUCCCCGCAGCGGAGAGAGCUCCAAAUCCAAGGCCCUCGUCCUUCGCCGCUCAAAGUCAGCAAGGAAUCCCACAAGAUCAAGAAGCCGCCGACUGCUCCUCUUCCCGCGCAUCGACAAACUGCUCCACCGCCGCCAGAGAAUCAAAACCGCGAACCGGUGAUCAUCUACACCAUCUCGCCCAAGGUCAUCCACACCACCGUCAACGACUUCCUAUCAGUAGUCCAGCGCCUGACCGGGAACUACGCCACGUCGCCCUCCGCUAGUGACCUCGCAGCCUCCGGCGCCGGCGAUCUUUCCCCUGCUGCGCGUCUGGCUUCGAUAGAGAAGACUAGCCCCCCGAAAGAGAGAGAUCGAGGGGGUGGCGGGGGCGUCGGCGUUAUGGGUUUGGUGGAAGGGGUUGAGGUGGGUCAAAUUCCGGGGAUUUUAUCUCCGGCGCCGGCGACACUCCCUCCGAUCCCUCCAGGGUUCUUCUCUCCGGCACCGGACCCACAAACCCUCUCGGUAUUGCAAGAUUUAAACUAUUUCUUACAGGGAAGUAGCUUCAUUUCAAGCCCUUCGAAUUUGCUCUCAGCUCCGAUAAUUUCGCCGACACUAUCACCAGACUUUCUCAGCCAGUUCUUGGACUUUUAGUAUAUUUCUAGAAGAAAAAAAAAUUGACUGACUUUUUGGCACAAUUUUCAUAUUAAUUUUCCUGUAAUUGUAAUUGUAAUUGUAAUUGUAAUUUUGUAGCUACGAGUGAUUCAGAACCAAAAAAGAAAAAACUUUUUUUGGGCA